GCCUUUCCCUCCAGCGUGUCCCCCCACCCGCCUCCCGCCGGCCCUCCCACUCGGCUCUCCGGGCCCCUGACAUCACGCCCCGGGAGGCGGGAUCCGGGAAGGAGGGGGCGCGGGGAGGAGGCUCCGCGCCACCGCGAGGGAGGAGGGAGGGCGCGCAGUCCCAGCCCAGAGCUUCAAAACAGCCCGGCGGCCUCGCCUCGCGCCCCAGCCCGUCUGUCUGUCAGCCGCCUGCGCCCGCAUCUGUCUCCCUCUGGGCUUUUAACGCAACCCCUCUCCCCACCGUGCCUCGUGAAAAUGUUGGUGCUCCUGGCUUUCAUCAUCGUCUUCCACAUCACCUCUGCGGCAUUGCUCUUCAUCGCCACCAUUGACAAUGCCUGGUGGGUAGGAGAAGACUUUUUUGCAGAUGUCUGGAGAGUCUGCGUCAACAACACAAAUUGUACAGAAAUCGAUGCCGACUAUAACGAUUAUUCCACGGUGCAGGCGGUCCAGGCCACCAUGAUCCUGUCCACCAUCCUGUGCUGCAUUGCCUUCCUCAUCUUCAUCCUCCAACUCUUCCGCCUCAAGCAGGGAGAGAGGUUCGUGUUAACCUCCAUCAUCCAGCUCUUGUCAUGCCUGUGCGUCAUGGUAGCAGCGUCCAUUUAUACAGACCGGCGCGAAGACCUCCAUAAGAACAACGCGCAACUGUAUUCGCUGAUCAUGGAUGGCAGAUACGGCUACUCCUUCAUCCUGGCCUGGGUGGCCUUUGCCUUCACCUUCAUCAGCGGCCUCAUGUACCUGAUAUUGAGGAAGCGCAAAUAAGACACCCAGAGCCAGGUGGCAUUUGCUGCAGUAUAGAAUCCACAUUCAGAUAACCGUUUUGUAUAUAAUCAAUUGUGUGUGUGUGUGUGGUUUUUCUAGCAAACAUAUCAUUUCCUUUAAAAGCCAAAAAAAAAAAAAAAGAGAGAGAGAGAGGAGUUUUUGCAUUCUUGAGACCAGAGAGAGAGAGAGAGAGAGAGAGAGAUGAUGCAGGCUGGGACCCAGACCUCCUGCCCAAAGUCUUGACAAGACAAAGCCAAAAAUCCAGCCAUGCUCAAAUCCAAAAAUGUUCAGAUGUUUCUAGACUGAGGCGAUGUGCUGUGAUGUGAUGUGACGAGACACCAAGGACACAGGUCUCAGGGGACAUCCUCCCCCAGGUUGGCGGCUUGCCUAGCCUCCGCUUACCUCAGCCCCCGUCCCCCCCAUUCUCUCUGUGUUAGGGUUGGAGGUAGGGUGAGGGGGGUCUGGGUGAGGCAUCAAGCCUCAAGGCUCCUCAGAUGUUUAGCCAAGUUCCGUGGGAGAGACAGGUGUGUAGCCCCUGCUGCUCUGUAUCCAGGCCAGAGCGCCAGCCCCCUGUGCCGGGCUGGGUCCAGAGAGCGCCUCGCACCUUUGCUGACAGUGUUACGUGCUUGCCUUAGGGAAGGUGAAGUUAAAGGGGGUUUGGACCGAGGCUCCCCCCUAAGGCAAAGAGUCUCAGCAUGUGAUCCCUGGCAACCGAGCAAGGUGCAGACUGCCCCUCCCUGGACCUAUGGAAUCCGCGUCUUCAGGGGCGGGGCCCGGGAACCUGCAUUUCUAACAAGCUCCUUGGUUGAAGCUGAGGACCACAGCCCCGGGGCCGGGGGAGCAGAGCUGCCUCGUAAAUGGUAAAGAUCUUGUCAUGGCGAGGUUCUGGCGGCCAUCGGCCUCCAUCCACUCUCGUCUCUUCCACAGCGGCUCACGCGGGGGCCAGCGACCCAUCUGCACCCCAGGGCCACGCAGCAGGCAGCCAGACGGCCUAAGGGUGCCUCCUCCUCCCGUAAGUGGGAGGGCCUGUCCCUUCCUCCUGCCCUGCCUUCUAAGGCCAGCUGGCCUCCACUCACCCCCAUUUCUAGAGCCUUAGCAGGUCCACCCACCAUUCGCUCAUUCAUCAGCAUAAAACCAUGGACCGCUUGGUGUGCGCCAGGCCCAGGGCACACCAAGUGGGGAUGGUCUCCUUGGGGACUCACCGUCCAAUGGAAGAGGCAGAUUAAAAACCGCUUAGGAAGACGAAUCACAAAAUAUGAUGAAGGCCGCAGAGAAUGCAACCUAGGGUUCAAGAGAUGCGCAUGGGUGGGAAGGAGCCUGCUUCAGACCUGCCUAUUUUCAAACGCUCCUGGAGGCGCUUAGAUCUGCCGAAAUAUGUCUCCAGUCAGCCGCAGAGCGCCUUGAUGGGGCGGUGGUGUCUGCUUACACCCCAGGAACACGUCUGUGGAGGGUCCCGGGGUCCCAUCUGCAAAUGCAGCCAAGAGAGGCUUCCAGAUUGCCGUGGCCCUAGAACCUCACAUGCACGGUGCCACCUAGGGAGGGUCCCAGUGACGAGCGCCCCAGGGGCUUCCCAGGAAUAGGGCCGUGGGGCGUUUGUCUUUGGGGUGAGAGCACUGAGUGCGUGGCAGGUGACCCCCGGAAGUGCCUCUGGAAGGAGUUCUCCGCCCCUCACUGGCUGUAGCCUCUGCUUGGGGCGGCUGCCAGGGACGUGUGCCUGGGGCCUGUGUGGGACCCAUCUGCCUCGUCUCCGUGCUGGCACUUUGAACUUCUGCUAAGUGGAGUGAUGUUUUGCCCUAGCCCGGUUCCCGUGGAGCUGGGAAGAUGUCCGGGAGUGGUUUUAGGGUCACCCGGAUGCCAGUGCAGGAUUGGGUUUUCUCUCCACCUGCUUGCUCGUUCAUUCGUUCAUUUUUAGCCGUGCAUUAAAUGUUUACUAUGUGCCAGGCACUGUGUGAGGCUCUCAAAACACAGGGCGAGCAAAUUCAGACAUCUUCUUUGAGAUAGGAACUCUUCAUGGAAAGGCCACCAGUGCAACAACAAAGGGACAGACACAGGACAAGGUAAUUGUCACCUCUUGUCUCCAUGGAAAACCCGUUGUGAGUUUUCCCAUUGUGGGUCACACCUCCUGGGUUUGCAAGAUGCUACCUGAGCCGCAAGGAGGAAGGUGGGGGUGUGUGUGUGUGUGUGUCUGUGUGUCCCAGGGCUUUCUACCCAGGUGGCUUUCUAGAAUUUUCUAGCAACCACAGUGUAAACAAACAAAAGUCUUAGAGCCCCACAUCUGGAAAACCUACUCCCAGGCACAGUGUGAAUUUCCUUCCUCAAAACUUGAGGGCUACCUGCGUAUCUGAAGCGACCCCGUGGAUUUUCCCGGCUGGUCACCACUGCUGUGGAGCACAUUCAGAGCCCGCGUCCAUCUGGGACGCCCAGGUUCUGUGAAAGAGAAAUGCUUCCUCUGGCCGCGGUGUGGUGAGUGUCGGGAAAGAGAAAGAGGUGAGAGCAUGAGGAAGAAAACGUCCAACCUUCUUACCUGUAGACAGAACCAGCCCUCACUUGGUGCUUAUUCUCAGCUAUUCAAGGACAACCCCAACGGAGAAAAUUAGCCGAGACAUCCAAGAAGCAACUAUUAGGACCAAACAUAUGACAACUGUAUUUGAAGGAACUGUAGUUUGCGCAUUUUAGAACAUUUUUAUAAAGUACUGUAAUUCUUUCGUGGAGGGGCUAUGGAUGGAGACAGACUAACUUGUUUUGUUAUUUGCAUUAAAAUUCCUUUGGGUCUCUGUU